UAUUCGUCUCAAAUUUUUUAAUUUGAUUUCUCAUUAAUCAAGACAAAAUAAUUUUUUUUUCAUUAUACCCUUAGUAAUUGAUUACUUCUUGUUACUAGCAUUAAAUUAUCAAAUCUUAAAAAAUAUUACAAAGACUCUAUAAUCCUAAUUAUUCAUGCAAAAAGUAUUUUGGUAUCAGUCAUAUAAUAACUAUGUUAAUAUUGAAACUAAUAACAUGAGACAAUUAAUAGAGGUAAAAUGAUAAAAUUAUAUUAUUAAUUAUUAUUUUUUUAAUAACUGUAUAAUCUCACUUUGAAACAAAUAAUUUAAAACAAGAAGAGAAUAAAUUAUAUAAGAUAUUAUUUUCAAUAGAUCAAAUCAAACACUAAUAUAAACGUACCCUUAAUAUGGGCUACAGAGAGUGAAUGGUCGAUCUUAUUUUCCCAUUUGGGACUAAAUCAAAACCCUACUUUAGGUUUUUCCUAUCGAUCGGCAAACCAAUUCCGCCUGUUUCCGAUGAACGAUGAAAUUGCGAAAUUAGGGAAUUGCUCUCUCUCUGGAGAUGAAAUUGUCGAAAUCCUCUUACGUCUUCCGGUGAAAGCACUCUUACGCUUCCAAACAGUCUCCAAGUCAUGGCACUCUUUCAUCACAUCCCGUGAUUUCAUUCAAUUACACCGUCAACAACCUGUGCACGAAAAACUUCUCCGUAUAAGUGAUCGCGGUCGCAGAGACAUACCGACUAUAUCCUUCUUUACUCUCGCCCCGAGACUGGCAGAUUUUGAAAUUGACCGAAUCGUAGAUGUGGAUUUGGCUGAGCUUGAAUCGUUGUCUGUUGUUGUGGACGCUGUUGAUUUGCCAUUUCCGUGUAGUGCUGAUGAUGAAGUGCGUGUUGUGGGUUCGUGUAAUGGAAUUUUGUGUGUACAUUUUAACAGGAGUUCGAGUAUUGUGUUGUGGAAUCCUGCGACGAGGAAGUAUAGGUUUCUAGAACUGCCUGAUUGUGUUUCGUUUUAUUCGGAUCCGUUUUUCCCGUAUAUAAUGUUUGGUUACGUUCCUGAGAAGGAUGAUUAUAAUGUUGUUAAGGUAUCGUCGUGUAGAAGGAAAGACGAGAGGGACACAAAGGUUUGGGUUUAUACGAUGAGUUUGGAUACUUGGGAGGAGAUGGAUGGUGAUUUUCUUUGUGGUUUGGUACCCAAGGGUGGGUCUGCGGUGAGUGUUAAUGGUUGUUUGUAUUGGAUGUCGUGUAGUGAUGAUGAUGGAUUGAAUGUGAUUACUUGUUUUGAUUUGUGUAAGCGAGUGUUUGGAAGGGUUAAGCUGCCUAAUCACGACAUUGUUACGAAAUUCACUAUGGUGAAGCUCAUGGUACUAAAGGAUUGUCUUUCUAUGAUAAUUGAUUAUGGGAAUGGUGUAGAUGUGGACCAUUAUGAGGUAUGGGUGAUGAAUGAACGACAAGGUGAAACUGAGUCUUGGACUAAGCAGUUUGAUUUUUUACCCUUCUCUACGUUAGCACAACCUGUUGGAUCAUGGAGGGACGUUGAACUACUUUUUGCCAACCCGGGUGGGUUGUCACCUGAACUCGUAUCAUACAAUGCGUUUACAGAAGAAAUUUAUUGCUUUCGAAGGAGAAGUUUAAUGGGUAGGUUUAAAGUCAUAAAUUAUGUCGAAAGCCUAGAAUCUGUGGAGGGCAGAUAAGUUGACUCUAGAGAUUUGAAGUCUGAUAUUGCCGGUAUUUUUGCCGUUUCUUUCUUGAUGUUAAUCAUUUUGAGCUUGCAAGUUUCAACUUUAUAUUAUCACUCGAUAUAAUUCAAUAUUUUAUUCAUGUUUACUACCUUAAUUUUACUGCAAUAUUGUCAUUUGGUAUGUUGUACAGUUAU